AUGGGAGGGAAAAAAGGGGGAAAGGAAAAAUCAGGAGGAGUGACAGAGGAGCAGAGAGGAGCAGUAAACGAUAGAACAGACGACAUGGCCUCUAAAAAUCAAUAUGGAUUCAUUAUUAUAUCUCUAAUGGUGCUGAUGUUGGGUGUGAGUGUGGCACAGCUCCAAACACAGCCCUCCUUGUUCAGACAUGUUCGUAAGAAUGCAUCGUUAAAGAUGGACGAGGCCUUCCUGUCUGUACUGAACGAGAUCCACUCAGAACUGAUCCUUUCCGUGCUGUCUGAUGAGUGCUUCCAGUGUUGGCCUCAGCCUGUAGGGUUCGUACCCGGCGCGUCAUCGUCGAGUAAUGUCUCUGUAGCUGGAUUUUACCUGAAUACACAACACCCGCUAACACUGCAGCUAAACAGCACGCCGUUAAAAACUGAAGUGUGCAGAGUACACUUCCACUUCGGGGAGCAUGGGAACUACUCACUGUGGGUUGCAGAUAAGGGCAACUGUACCAUCGUCAUCAACUCAGAACCCAUCAACAGCUACCUUCCAAUCUUGUUUGCAUUCCUGCUGUUUGUGGGUUUGUACAUUUUGGCAGCAGUGUGGAACACAUUGGCUAGGUUGGACUGUAUGAGGAAUCUGCAGUUGUGUUUAGGAAGCAACAUGGAGGCUGAAAGAUUCAUAAACUCUGAUCUAGGUUCUCCUGGUGCGAUGAUAGAUUCUACAGAGGUAAUAGUUCCAUCUUCUGCCCUCAGACGCCUCCGCUCACUUGAUACCUUCAGAGGGUUUUCUUUGGUGGUGAUGGUGUUCGUGAAUUACGGAGGAGGACGUUAUUGGUUCUUCAGACACCAGAGCUGGAACGGACUCUUUGUAGCUGAUCUAGUUUUUCCCUGGUUCGUGUUCAUCAUGGGUACAUCGAUAUCUCUUUCGGUUAGCAGUGCUCUGAAUCGAGGGGCACGGCGAUUCCACCUCAUAAAGAAGGUCUUUUGGAGGAGUGUACAGCUCUUCAUCAUCGGAGUCUUUAUUAUCAACCCAAAUUACUGCUCUGGACCUCUCACGUGGGAUUCACUCCGUAUCCCGGGUGUGUUACAGCGUCUGGCAUUUACCUACCUCGUUAUAGCCACGUUAGCUGUUUCCUUCUCUCCAGUUCAGCCCGGAAGCUCUACAGCUCCAAACGUGUGGUGGUUUCCUGUUCAUGACAUCGUCCUCUACUGGCCGUCGUGGUUGUGUGUGUUGACACUGGAAAUAAUCUGGCUGUGUUUGACGUUCCUGCUUCCUGUACCUGGCUGUCCAACAGGGUAUCUGGGUCCAGGUGGAAUCGGAGAUUUCGGUCGUUUCCAGAAUUGCACUGGUGGAGCUGCAGCGGUCAUUGACCGUUGGCUGCUCGGAGAUAAUCAUAUGUAUCAAACCCCAUCUUCACGGUUGGUGUAUCAGACGACUGUAGGGUUUGAUCCUGAGGGCGUGUUGGGCAGCAUCAACUCUGUACUCAUGGCAUUUCUUGGUCUGCAGGCAGGAUAUAUCCUGCUUCAUUACAGAGAUUACCCCAGACAGAUAAUGACCAGAUUUCUCGUUUGGGCUUUUAUACUGGGAGUCAUAUCUGCAGUUUUGACGAAAUGUUCCAAAGAACACGGCUUCAUCCCUGUCAAUAAGAACCUCUGGUCUCUGUCCUAUGUGACGGUGUUGAGCUGUUUUGCGUUUGUGUUGUUGUUGGGAUGUUAUUAUGUCAUAGAUGUAAAGAGAUGGUGGACUGGAGCUCCGUUCUUCUAUCCAGGUAUGAACUCAAUCCUUGUGUACGUGGGUCAUGAGAUUUUUGCGAAUUACUUCCCGUUUCGCUGGAAGAUGGCGAACAGCCAAUCACACGGCGAGCACCUGAUCCAGAACCUGGUGGGCGUAUCGGUCUGGGUGAUUAUCUCCUUCAUCCUCUACAAGAAAAAGAUAUUCUGGAAGAUCUAACUCCAGCAUCACACUGCCGUUAUUCAUCCAGGGUUUCAUAUUUUGUGGAUCCAGUGGGAAUUUUCCUAAACUUGCUUUAACAGAGACAAAAAGUAUCCACUGUUUUCAGAAAGUUGACUUUUUUUCCUCUUAUACACUAAAGAAUUUAAAUUCAGGGAGAGAAACAAUACUUCAUUUUAUUGCUGUUUUUAUUUAAAGAAAAAGUGGCUCUGGUGUGUUUACAUAUACGUGCACCGCCCACUCACUUUAUUAGGUAGACAUAUCUUGUACUGUAUAUACAUUUAUUGACCAUUUAAUGAUUGUAUAGAUGUACAUAUGUAGAGAGUAUACAAUUACUGACUAGUUUUACUGGCCUAAUAUUUUGGUUGGAGUACUCUAGUAUUCUUCUUCCAGCACGGAAGUGUUUAAAGAUCCUAAUAACACUGCGGCUCCUGAUAGACUAUAUGGACAAAGUAUUGGGACACCCCUUCUAAUUUUGAAAUUUAUAUGCCACAGCCACAACAUUUGCUAACAGGUGUAAUAAAUCAGGUAGCAACAGAGAAGCGAUUAGGGAAGGCCCUUUCCUGUUCCAGUUGACUGUGCCCCUGUUCACAAAGCAGGAUCUAUAAAGACAUGAAGAAUAGCUUGAUUUAAAGAAACUCCAGUGGCCUGCACAGAGCCCUGACCUCAGCCCCACUAAACAGCUUUGGAACGAACUGGAACGUCAAUUCUGACAAACAUCAGUACCUAGUCAUCCAAAGGCUCUUUUGACUUAAUGAGCACAAAUUUCCACAGACAUAUUUCUGAGAAGCCUUUUUAGAAGAGUGUAUACUAGUGGUUAAGGUACUGGACUAGUAAUCAGAAGGUCACUGGUUCAAGCCCCACCACUGCCAGGUUGUGGCUGUUGGGCCCUUGAGCAAGGCCCUUAACCCUUAAUUGCUUAGACUGUGUAAUGUAAGUCACUUUGGAUAAAGGUGUCUGCUAAUCACUGCAAUGUAAAUGUAUGUGUACAUUUAAAGGGUCAUCCUAUUUUAAUACCAUUCUUUAAUGGUGUGUCCAACAAGCUCAUGGUUAGGUGUCCGAAUACUGUUGACCAUAUAGUGUACAUAUGGUGUUCACUGCAGUGCUGAAAGGAAUCCACCACCCAAAUAAUAUAUCGUCAGUGGGGGACCAGUGGGUGUCUCUUUAUUAAUGAAUAUGGUAUAGCAGGGCCAGGUUUACAGUCAGUAAUUGUACACCACAAUGUUUAUGGUACUUGUACCUCAUAAAAUGUAUAAUGAACAAAAAAGAUGGAUACAAGAUAGGUGUCAUGGUAAAGUGUUCAGUCUCGGGGGAUGCAGGAUUUUUAUAUUUUAUUUUUACAGUUUUGCUGUAUUUUUACUACAAGCAGUCUCGAAGAAAAUUACUUGUUUUUUCUUUUAAAGAAUGAAUUUUAAUUUAAAGGAAUCCUUACAUUUUGUUUUAUUUGUUUUAGAAUUUAUAAUUAUGUACAUAUAAUAGACUGUAUGGACAAAAAUAUUGGGGCUUCUACACAUUACACCAACCGGAGCUUUUCUGAAUCCAUAGGUGUUGAUGUGGAGUUGGUCUCCCUUUGCAGCUGAUUGAGAUCUUUAGUUAGUGAGAUCUUUAGAACGACCCAUUCUUUCACAAAUGUUUGUAAAGGCAGACUGCACGACUAGAUAAAACACCUGAAUUCAGUGAUUGCUAUAUAUGCCCUAUAAGUACUCAUCCUAUCAGUAUCCAUACAUGUCAUGGCAUUGCCUAUUUAAUUUAAAAAAUAGGUACUGACAGUCACACGCAUUCAGCCGUAAUAGUCGAUGAAAGAGUUCCAAAAAAGAUUUAAAUAAUGUAAUAUUGUAAUAUUCUGUAAUAUUGUGUAAAUCUCUGAAAUCACUAUAUUAAUAUUUGCCCAGAUCAUUCUGUUCAGGUAACACACACACACACGUACAUGUGUAUGCUAUAAAUGUUAUAUAACUACAUAAUAUAUAACACUUAGAUUUUUACACACUAAAUAUAGUUUUUUGCAUUUUAUUUUUUUAUUAUUGUAUUGAUAUUGUACUUCUUUUAUUUUGAGAAUGAUCUAAGAUCCAACAAACAGAAUCAUGACUUUUUGCUCCUCUUGAAGACACUAAAAUAUUAUUAAAAUAAUAAUUCAACUGUGAGAUAAAACAAUGAUUGAAUUACUUCAAUUCAGUUUUUCAAUGCAAAUCCAUUUUACUCAGUGUCUUAAUUUGUACCUAUAAAUACAUAUAAAUACAAAUGUACAGUAUAUUAAAAUAUGUUGCAAAUAAACAUUUUCUUGUACAAA